GGCUUCAGAGGUGAGUGGGUGGAGGUCAAAGGUGAGGCUGUGUGUUGACAGGCUGCGCUGCAGACUGUGGACUCUCUGUCAACACGGCUGGUCACUCAUUAACGCAGCGGCGGCCGACUGGACCAGCGUCUCAGCUUCAGCGCUGCUUCUUCGUAUGUCUGAUGGAGGCCACGACUCGCUCCGUGUUCGGCCUGCUGCUCUGCGUCGCUCUGUGGUCGGCUGCAGCCCUCAGCCUGUCAGUGUUCUCCGACCCGCCCUCGGCCCACAUGCUGCUCCGGUCCCGCCGGGCCAACAGCUUCCUGGAGGAGCUGAAGCCGCCCUCCAAGGAGCGCGAAUGUGUGGAGGAGAAAUGUGACUUUGAGGAGGCCAGAGAGAUUUUCCAGACCCGGGAGGCGACACUGGAUUUCUGGACCGUGUACACCGAUGGGAACCAGUGUCAGUCCCAUAUGUGUGUCCAUGGAGACUGCGUGGAUCAGCACCAGGACUACAAGUGCCUCUGUUACCAUGGAUACGAGGGCAGAUACUGCCAAUACAAUGUAACAGCCUCAAACUGCUCUGUGGACAACGGCGACUGCGACCAUGAAUGCUCUGAGAGCGACGGCGGCGCGCGGCGCAGCUGCAGCUGCCUGAACGGAUACAAACUGGACGACGACUCCAGGAAAUGCAGCCCGAAAAGUACCUCGUCUUGUGGUCAGAUUCUGAUCGACAGGUCGGAGUACAGCGAGCCGGUGGACGGCCUGCUGCCCUGGACGCUCGGAGGGGAGGUGGGCAAGAAGGGGGAGAAUCCCUGGCAGGUGCUGGUGCUGAAUGCCAGAGGGCAGUUUCACUGCGGAGGGGUUCUUAUUGAUGAAAACUGGGUCCUGACUGCUGCCCACUGCCUGGAAAACAACUUCAGGUUCAGCGUACGACUGGGUGACUACGAGCGAAUGAGAAAUGAAGGCACAGAGGUUUUGCUUAGAGUCACCAAAACCUUCAAACAUCCCAAGUACAACUCCAGGAUGGUGGACAACGACAUCGCCCUGAUGCGUCUGCAGUCGCCCGCCCCGUUCUCCAAAUACAUCGUCCCCGCCUGCUUACCUGGCCGCGCCUUGGCCGAGAAGGUGCUCCACCUGAACGGCACCACCACUGUGGUGACGGGCUGGGGUAAAGAUGACAGCGGGAAGUACAGCUCAGCGCUCAACGUCAUCAAAGUCCCGCUGGUUAAUCACACCUUUUGCAGCCAGCAGAUGUUUCCCCAUGAAAUCACCAACAACGUCCUCUGUGCCGGGAUCCUGGGUCAGAAAAUCGACGCCUGUGAGGGGGACAGCGGGGGGCCGAUGGUCACUCUGUACCGGGGCACCUGGUUCCUGGUCGGCCUCGUGUCGUGGGGCGAGCGUUGUGGCAUGGUGGACAAGUUGGGCAUCUAUACCAAGGUGUCCAACUACAACGAGUGGAUCACUCAGGUACAGGAGGAAUGGGACCGAGGAGUUCAUCCUCAGUAACACCCAACCAGCCCGUCUGCUCCGUCAAACCCACAGGAACGACUCAGUGCAUCAACGCUGAUGGAAACGUUUUGUUAAAUAAACCUGGUAACUCCA